CCUCAGUGACGGCAUUUUCAUGAGACGGAAGUAAAAAUUUGUAGUCGUCAGCCUGUGGAGAGUGACACAGACAAAUCAAACCAUAUUCCAGAGAAGAGAAAGCGAGCGGAGCAGAAACAGAGCCGCGUGUUUCGGGAUUUUCCACAAGUCCACUUCCCAGGCAUAAAGGAUGCAUGGUCGGGUCAAGAUCAAAUCUACAGCCCAGCAGGAGGAGGAGAAAAGGAAGGAGCGGGAGAAGAAGCUGAAGAUUUACGUGGCUGCAAGAGAUGCCUGUUUUUCUAAGAGGAGAGAGGGGGUUUGGGAUGACGAGGCCCUCCAGUUAACCCAACAACUGCUGUCAUCCAACCCUGAUUUUGCAACCCUCUGGAACUACAGGAGAGAGAUUCUGCUGCACCUGGAGACUGUGAGGGAGGAGGAUGAAUUGCAGAAGAUAUACGAGGCGGAGCUGUCCUUUUUGGAGUCUUGUCUGAAGAUGAACCCCAAGUCGUACGGCAGCUGGCACCAUCGAGGUUGGGUCUCAGCCCGGUUGCCUCGACCAGACUGGGCUAGAGAACUGAGCCUCUGUGAUCGCUGCCUCAGCUUGGACGACCGCAACUUUCACUGCUGGGACUAUCGCCGGAUGGUUGUGAAGAUGUCCGGCGUGCCCGUGGAUCAGGAGUUGCAGUUCACCGAUCGUCUCAUAGGCUCCAACUUCUCCAACUACUCCAGCUGGCAUUACCGCAGCACCCUACUGCCCCUGCUGCACCCGGAGUCUCCCGAGCCCCCCUCGCCCUGCCGCCAGCCUCCCCAGUCCUCCCCUCCGCCUUCCCCGCAAACCCACUCCCACCGCGUGUGUGAAGAGCAGCUGCUCAAAGAAUAUGAGCUUGUACAGAAUGCUUUCUUCACUGACCCCAAUGACCAGAGCGCCUGGUUCUACUAUCGGUGGCUGCUAGGCAGAGCGGAACGAGAGGAGAUGAUCAGCUGUGUGUAUGUCAGUCGGGAGGAGGAGAGAGUGGUAGUCGCCUUCUCCCGGCCCGUCAAUGCACAGUCUGUAGGUCUGAUGCUGGUGUUGGAUGGCCAGCCCCAGCGAGUGGAAUGGAGGAGUGUCCACCCACACUUCAAACACAGUCCGGUUUGGAUCUGUGAUCUUCCUCCUGGGACAAUAAGUGACAUCACCAAUGAGCAUAAUCUGACUGUGCACUGGACAGAAAAACAUACUCACAGAGACUGUGCUCUGUACACAGGUCGAAAUGAGAGCUGGUGUCGAGAUUCUGCUACCGAUCAGGAACUUUUCAGGAGUGAACUCUCAGUAGAGAAGACCUCUGUGUUACAGUCUGAGCUACAAUCUUGCAACCAGCUGCAAGAACUGGAGCCGCUGAAUAAGUGGUGCUUGCUGACUAUCAUCCUUUUGAUGAGGGCACUCGACCCCCUGGGAUACGAGAAAGAGACUCUUGCUCAUUUCCAAACUCUCAAAGAGGUGGACUCCAUGCGCUCUGCCUACUACAGUGACCUGUGCAGUAAGUUUAUGAUUGAAAACACCAUUCUCAAAAUGGAGUAUGCAGAAGUACGCGUCUUCAGCAUUUCUGACAAGAAGUUGACCACAUUAUGCCACCUGGACCAGCUGUUACUGGUCACCCAUAUUAAUCUGUCGUCCAAUCUACUGCAGCGGCUGCCUCCGCAGUUUGCUAUGCUGCAGUGCCUGGAGGUCUUGGAAGCUGACAACAAUUGCAUAGAAAACUUGGAAGGACUGUAUCAUCUUCCCAAACUGGAGGAGGUAUACUUAAAGAACAACAAAAUUUCCAAGCUGGCAGACCUUCAGCCUCUGGUCUCCUGCCCCAAGCUGAAACACCUUGAUCUCCGAGGCAACCCCAUCACCGAGACUACCAACAUCCAAUCAGAGUUAGCUGAGCUGCUGCCAUCAGUCACAGACCUUCUGCUCUGAUCAGACAACAGGGCAGGACUCACUGCCAUCACCAUUUCUUUGUGUGUAUGUCCGUGUUUCUGGGCAUGUAUGUUUGUGAACAGCAAGUGGGUGUUUUCAAGCGUCUUGUGACUCUGUACCACUAUUAAUUCCACUUGUUUGGGAGAAUCUGAAUCACACCCACCCUGAGGAUUUUGAUGCCUGAUGGUUUGGAGCAUACGUCAGAUGUCACUGAAACACCUUCACAGAAAGUCUAGAUUUGUAUGAGUGUGUGUGUAUGUGUGUGUGUAUAUAUGUGUCUGCAUACCUGUGCAUUUGCAAGUCUGUAUUACUCACUGUUGCAUUGGUUUGUUCAGUUGUGUGUGCAUACGGAUGCUUAAUACAACUCCCAAAUGCAUGCUGCAACACUGAUAACGGAGUAAAUUGACUGCACACGAAUUGGCAGACUGCAAUGCUGGCUUAUUGCUUCUAGUAAGAUUUAAAAGUCAAACGUAACGGUUGAAUUGUGAGAAAAGCUGAGGUGAGAUGUUAACAAAAACAGUUGAUCAGAGCGUUGCACAUUUUAUAAAAGGUUGUGUAAACCAUUUACAAUAUGGCACUAUGCUGUUGCACAGUAAGUCACUGAUCCACUAAUAAAACAGCACACAUUGUGUCACUGCCUUCCAGUAAGCCUCUUGUGUGGUUUUCUAUGGUCAGUGAGACAGGAAAAUCAAGGUUUUCCUGAGUAUGGACAACUUAUGGCCUAUAUACUAAGCCUAUACCAGGCUGAGUUGGCUCCAUAGGUGUGUCAGGGCAAUAAAAGAUUGUGUCACCUGAA